AUGACCACACCACAGGUGGGUCAGUACACAAGGAUCACACAACAGGUGGGUCAGUACACCAUGAUCACACCACAGGUGGGUCAGUACACUAACCUCACACCACAGGUGGGUCAGUACACCAGGAUCACACCACAGGUGGGUCAGUACACCAGGAUCACACCACAGGUGGGUCAGUACACCAGGAUCACACCACAGGUGGGUCAGUACACCAGGAUCACACCACAGGUGGGUCAGUACACCAGCAUCACACCACAGGUGGGUCAGUACACCAGGAUCACACCACAGAUGGAUCAGUACACCACGAUCACACCACAGGUGGGUCAGUACACCAGGAUCACACCACAGGUGGGUCAGUACACCAGGAUCACACCACAGGUGGGUCAGUACACCACGGUCACACCACAGGUGGGUCAGUACACCACCAUCACACCACAGGUUGGUCAGUACACCAGCAUCACACCACAGGUGGGUCAGUACACCACCAUCACACCACAGGUGGGUCAGUACACCAGGAUCACACCACAGGUUGGUCAGUACACCACGAUCACACCACAGGUGGGUCAGUACACCAGCAUCACACCACAGGUUGGUCAGUACACCAGGAUCACACCACAGGUGGGUCAGUACACCACCAUCACUCCACAGGUUGGUCAGUACACCACGAUCACACCACAGGUGGGUCAGUACACCAGCAUCACACCACAGGUUGGUCAGUACACCAGUAUCACACUACAGGUGGGUCAGUACACCACGAUGACACAACAG